AUGGCGAAUGACGGCAUGGGUGGAGCGCGGGGCCGCCACGCAGCGGGUAGAGCGCUCCAGGCCGAGGGAGCGGUCAGCGCACAGAUGGAGGCCUGCGUGUGCCCGGAGCGCUCCCGGAGCAGAAAGGAGCCCCAGGGGCAGAAGCAGAACGUUGGAGGGCGAAAGCUGGCAUCAGGAGACCAGCCGGGAGGUUCCUGUGUCUGGCCGGGCACCAUUGGUAUGGACCAGGGCGAGGCCGUGCAGGGGUGCGCGUGCACGACUCAGGGCCCACGAGCAGAGUCGAGGCAGCUGGCCUGGGAGCGGCUGGUGGGGGAGAUCGCCUUCCAGCUGGACCGCAGGAUCCUGUCCAGUAUCUUCCCCGAGCGCGUGCGCCUGUACGGCUUCACCGUCUCCAACAUCCCAGAGAAGAUCAUCCAGGCCUCCCUGAACCCCAGCGACCACAAGCUGGAUGAAGAGCUGUGCCAGACACUCACGCAGCGCUAUGUAAGCAUCAUGAACCGGCUGCAGAGCCUGGGCUACGACGGGCGGGUGCACCCGGUGCUCACCGAGCAGCUGGUGAACGCCUACGGGAUCCUGCGUGAGAGGCCGGAGCUGGCCGCGUCCGAGGGCGGCUCCUACACCGUGGACUUCCUGCAGCGCGUGCUGGUGGAGACCGUGCACCCCAGCAUGCUCACCGACGCCCUGCUGCUGCUCUCCUGCCUCAACCAGCUGGCGCAUGACGAUGGCAAGCCUAUGUUCAUCUGGUGA